UGUGUGCGUGUGUGCGAUGCUACUUCGUGCAGACACACUCUAAGGCUCUGGUUCCCUCGCUGCGUGUUGCACUGUACUAGGAGAAGUGGAGGUGUGAGACGACAGGCAGAGACAGACAUGGCAGAAUGACGAGGCUGGAAUAUAGGGACCAGAAAUGCAGGGAGAUAACUGGACAUUCAUUUUGGGUUUGAAAAAACGUACCAGGAAGGCCUUUGGGAUACGGAAGAAAGAGAAGGGAGACAAGGACAAUGACUCCACGGGGUCCCCUGACAGAGAUGGGGGUGAUCCCCAGCAGAAUGAAUCGUCCCAGAAGAAGGCCAAUGGAGCAGCUGUCAAUGGGUUCUCUGGAGAGAUCGACUGGGACAGAUAUAACACCCCUACAGUGGACGAUGAAGGUUACAGUCUCAGGCCAGAUGAGGAGGAGGGGCCAGGAUCAGCCGGCCCCAAACCCCCCAAAGAGCACUUCUUCUCCUCCAGCGAGUCAGAGGGAGAGGAGGACCACCGGAAAAAGUUUAAGAUCAAGAUCAAACCGUUACCAGCGGAAAGUGCCAGCUGUUUGGCCCCGUCAGUAGAUGAACUCAAAGCCUCCAUAGGCAACAUAGCUCUGUCUCCCUCUCCUCUGAGGAGUAGUCCGAGACGUAGCCCGGGGUUGAUGAAUAAGGACUGUAGUGAAGAGAUACAGGUAGCUCGGCCAAGACGUUCUGCACCCAUUGCAGCCCCCACGUUAGCAGCCCCGGUGCUACAAGCCCCCAGAAGUAAGAAAUCCCCAGCAGUACCACUACCAGAGAAGGAACCAGCCCCAGCACCAGUACCAGCACCAGUACCAGCCCCAGUACCAGCCCCAGUACCAGAGGACGCUACAGCCUUAUUUGGACCUCCCCUGGAGACAGCCUUCAGAGAGCAGAAAACUGAAGUGGGAAUAUCUGAGCAGGUGGUGUGUGACGUGUGGGGUGCUCCUCUACCUGAGUCUGAGUCACUGAGCCCAGACUUCUGUUUCACCAGAACCUUCUCCACAGGAACUCCGCCUCCGCUUCCGCCCAAGAAUGUCCCGACCUCCCCCCCUCCGACCAGCUCCCCCUCUACAGAUGCUGCCGAAUUGCCAGUAUCGACAGAAGGCUCAGGAAGGAAGACCUCCAUCCCAAACCUGGACAACAUUUUCGGCCCAGCGGAGCCCUCUGCCUUUGGCGAGGAGUCUGCCGACAAGUGGGUCUGCUUCAGCGAGGAAUUGGCAGCCUCUGAAAGACCGCCCCCUCCGAAGGACCCAGCCCCGCCUCUACCAACGUCCCUAGCCUCUCCAGAAGAUCCCCCCGCCCCUCCUGUACCCACCUCCCCUCUCCCUUCGGAAGACCCUUCUCCCUCUCCCCUCUGUCCCCCUCUGCCUACCUCCCCUCUCCCACAGGAAGAACCGGUCUCUUCUUUACUCACCUCUGCAACCCCUACAGAGGAACCAGCACUCCGUCUACCCACAGUCUCACCCGUGCCUGAAGAACCUACACUCCCACCCACACCACUUCCGCCAAAGGGCUAUACACCACCCCCACUCCUCCACCCACCAUUGUUCCCCCUCUUGAAUCACCCCCAGUGUUGCCCCUGUUCUCCCUGUCCCUUCACCCCCAGUGUUGCCCCUGUUCUCCCUGUCCCUUCACCCCCAGCCGUUGCCCCUGUCCCUCCUGUGGUCCCCUCUCCUCCCAAAGCAAGAACACCUGUCUCCCCCACCAGCCCCCCUGGCCCUGCCGUUGUGGACGAGCCCUCACGCACCAUCCCCCCACCCCUUGUCUUUGUCGAGGAGGAACAGAAGAGUCCUGAAGGGGCAGCUCCGCCUGUCCCACCUGCCCCAUCGAACGAGGACCUUGUUGAAACCGCCGCCUCGCCCAAAGAUGUUGGCCAGGUGUCCCGUGCUGCGCCUCCCCCUCCUCCACCCCCUACGUACAGGGCAGUUGUGUCCUUGCCAGGACCCACGACAGGGGGCAUGGGUAGUGGAGCAUCCUCUCCGGCUCGUCCUGCUACACCGUCAGCUCCAUCAGCGGUUUUCAGCAGCCCUCCCCCUCCCCCUCCACGCCCCACCUCACGACCCAAAUUGCCCCUGGGAAACCCAGCAAGGGGGACAUGGUAUGUGAUAUCCCGGCCCUUCAGUCCCCCGGGCAGUCACUCGUCCAGCCCCCCUUCCAUUGCCCCCCUGGCCCGGGCCGAGAGCACUUCCUCUAUCUCCUCCAACAACUCACUGAGUGCAGCCACCACCCCCACCGUCGGUAAAAAUCUCACCCUUUCUGUGUCAGAGGAUGAUGCAUUUGUAGACAAACUGCCUACAUUUGGGAGGCCUUUUGAUUCUCUGGCAGAGAAUGACCAGCCUUCCCUGGUUUGGUUUGACAGAGGGAAGUUUUAUUUAACCUUUGAAGGCUGCUCCAGGGGACCCAGCCCUCUCACCAUGGGGGCCCAGGACACCCUUCCGGUGGCGGCAGCUUUUACUGAAACAGUCAAUGCCUUCUUCAAAGGAGCCAACCCUAACAAGUGUGUUGUGAAGAUCACAGGCGAGAUGGUGCUGUCGUUUCCAGCGGGGAUCACACGGCACUUUGCCAAUAACCCGUCCCCUGCCGUGCUAACCUUCAGCAUAACCCACUACAGCUGGCUGGAGCAUGUGCUGCCUAAUCCCCAGCUACUCUGCUGUGACACCGCCACAACACCCAACCCUGACUGCAAGACCUUCUGGGUGAACAUGCCAAACCUGAUGACCCAUCUAAAGAAGGUGGCCGAGCAGAAACCCCAGGCCACAUACUACAAUGUGGACAUGCUCAAAUACCAGGUAUCAGCGCAAGGCCUCACGUCGACCCCCCUGAACCUGGCAGCCAGUUGGCGGUGUGAACCCACCAGCACGGACCUCCGGAUAGACUACAAGUACAACGGCGGCUCCAUGACAACGCCCGUGGCGCUCAACAACGUCCAGUUCCUGAUCCCCGUAGAUGGAGGGGUCACCAAGCUACUGGCUGUGCUUCCCCCUGCCGCAUGGAAUGCAGAGCAGCAAAGAAUCCUGUGGAAGAUUCCUGAUAUUUCCCAGAAAUCUGAAAAUGGAGGCAUUGGCUCAUUGUUGGCACGGUUCCAGCUGUCGGAGGGCCCCAGUAAACCCUCUCCCCUGGCGGUCCAGUUCACCAGCGAGGGCAGCACUCUGUCAGGCUGUGAUAUAGAACUGGCUGGGCCAGGGUACCGCUUCUCACUCAUCAAGAAGAGGUUCGCUGCAGGAAAAUACUUGGCAGACAACUGAUACUUCAUACUACUACUGAACAAAUACACUGGAGAUCAUCAUCUCAAUGGAUUAAUGAAAUCCUAUACUACAGAGGACAGACCUACACCACCACCUCCCUACAGACAGACACUUCUUUCUAAACCCGUGAGACAGACAGGCCAAGGCCACACAGCCUACUGUACCCAGCAGUAUUGUAUAGCUUGCAUAUAGUCUCGUGGACCGUUUUAGGGUGUAAUUAUUGUAUUUGUAAAAUGUAUUCAAAUGUAUUAAUUUCAGAACAUCUGUAUUGCUGCUGCUCUAGACAUCCACCCGGGUUUCCCUCUCUAAAGGUACAUGCUUCUGCCUCUCUAUCCCACUCUCUAACGUGUGGUGUUCAAACUUAAACACUGCUACAGCUACCUAGCUACUCAACCGCAAAAUCAUGGUCUCAACCGUGAACCUAACACAUAAUACACUGAGUAUAUUUUGAUGCAACAACAAAUAUGUGGUAUUAGGAGAGGAUGUAUGAAAAGACCAUUGGGUUGUGCCAUUGAGUGAACUAAGAUGAAUAGACGCACCAUGAUGUCACACUCCUCCGUUCAGUUUAAGGGAGGGGCUAAUUCCUGCUUCUCGCAUGCCUCUGAUUGGACACGGUUAGAGCUACCAUGGAAUUCUGGGUAUUGGAGUUUUUUAUGUUGUGUUUUUAACAGUUCAUGCGUUACACACUGGCAUAGCAGGUUUAAAGGACAUUGUUCAUUUGGAUGGUGACCAUUACCAGACUCCUCUCUCUUCUUUGAAUGCAGAGAUUUAACAUCGGCUUCAAACAUAUACUCUCAACAUUUUCCUCAGAAAUUAUCAGAAAGUCCUGAGUAGUUAGGCAGCUGCAACAAUAAAUACAUUCUUGGUUGCAAUAUAAAACAAAUAUAAUAUGUUUCCCUCAAUAAAAAACCUGUACAAAGUCUUAUUUUAAAUGAAUAAUAUAUAUCUGAAAGGGCGUUUGGUGUUUUCCUUCCUUUCUGUUGUUCCUGACACAGCAGUGGUAGACGUACUUCAGAGUACAUUACAGCAUUCUAUUUUUAUUUAUUGAUGAUAAUGAUUUUAAAAGUAUGUAAAAAAGUAUGUGAUUCUGUAUAUGAAUAGAAUUUCAAUGGUAUUGUAAUUUAGAAUGAAGGUAUAAAUAUUCUAAUGAUCUUUUUUUGUUAUCUGUGUAGUUGGGUAACCUGUGUACAGUAUAAUGUAUAAGGUAUCAUUUUAGAAUUGAUUUCAGAUAUAUAAUUUUUUAACUCAAGUGCAUCAGAAGAUUUGACUACAGUAUAUAUGCGCGUGGGGGGAUAAACUAAAAAAACAAGAUGAAUAGCACCUGGAUGUGUACGUCAGGCUGUAUGAGAGCAGUGUUAUUUAGAGUUACACUAAUAGUUAUUACCUUGGAUAAUCAGUCAGGUUUUGACUAUGUUCUGCUCUGUUUCCAUUCACCUCAAUGUGUUAUUCUGCAUCAAACAGCAUGAACUCCCCUUCGGAUCAAACCAACCAGCGCUUUAAUCCAUGGCUUUAUUUUGCAUAAUGGUAAUGGUCUCUGUGAGAUGACAUGGUGACGAGGAUUUGGAGGGAGGUUAGAUGACCAAAACGCUUUUUGUAUUUUAUGUGUGUAUUCCAGACAGUCCUCUAAAAGAUAGAGAAAUAAGGGGAAUAUUUUUUUAAACAACAAAAAAAACCAUCUUGUUUCAUGUGAAGAACACUGUGCUGAUAAAGUUAGAAACCUCCUGAAUGCUCUGAUAUUCAACAUAGAGAACAAAAUGUGUGUGAUGACAUUUAACUUAAAAGGUCUCCUCGUGUGGGCAUCAUAAGUAUGUCAGGAUACUAUCUGUACUUCAUGAAGCUACAUAGCACCAUUUAUACACCUGCCUUAGAACUGCCAUAGUCUUACAUGUCCAUUUUGUCUGACCAUUUAGUUGGCAUUUCUAAGUAAGGCAUCAAUGAAUUGUGUCAUGUAGCUCUCUGUAUAGCUGUUUAGUGAGUAAGACUUUACUUGAACAUUAUUGUACACACCUAACUAUAGUUAACAUAAAUGACAUUGGUAAUGUUAUUACUGUUUAUGAAGUAUGUAUGAUCUCUGGUCGUGCGUAUGAUGGAGGGAGGGUUCAAGCUAAGUGUUACGGCAUGGUGUAAUGUAAUGUGUGUCUGCACACAGUUACGGUAUAGUGUUAAAGUGAAGUGGUCCACCAACCAAUAGACUCGUUGACCUGUUGUCAUGUUAACUGUGAGAACUGAAGACCAGAGCAGGAAGUGUGUCUGUGUGUGGCGUGCUAAGCCAGACUGCUUUGGGUACCGUACAGUUUCUCUGUCAACCACAUGUGCAAGCUGUGUUUGUACAGACGAUGUUAAGAUGAUCUGAUGAGAAACUAAGUUUGCUUUUUUCCAAAACCAAUAAAAGUUAUGAACUGGACAAGUUUUUGGAGCACUCUUUUUGUAACUCACAGCAGAAGUUUUAUUAGUCGUAGGUACAGGAUACACAUAGUAUAUACUGUCCAACUAAAUGCUUACUUACAGGUUCCUUCUCCACAAUGCAACAACAAUAAGAAAUAACACAAGAUAAGAAUACCAACAUUAAGUAAAUGCCUCAAUAGAAUAUCAUAAAUAUUUUGCAUGUUGCUCAAAUGCAGUUUAUUCUGUAUUUCCUCCACCAAUUUUGUGUUCUGAUGUACAGUGCAACACAUCAAGGUUGGCUGUAACAACAUUGUCUUAAAGCCUUACUAGGAAUACACUCCUUCUGCUAUUAAGAAGCUGUUUAUAAUUGUGUGCUGUGAGGGAGAUCUAACUGUAGUAUGAUUAGCCUUUAAUUCAACGUACCAUGUGUACUGUACAUAUAUGUUUGUUUCAUUUGAUAUUUAUAUGGAUAUAUUUGUUAUUUCAUCUGUUUGUGUUAUCCAAUGCACAGGAUACUGAAUAUGAAAUAGUUUAAUGUGAUGUACCGUACUAAUGAAAUGUUCCAAACGAAUGCAGAAUGAACCACCAUGUUAUGAUGUGGGUUUUCUCUGAAAUAAAGGAGGCGUAUCAAUUAUGUUUGA